CUGGAAAAUUUAUAGCUGUCAAAUGAAGAAAAUCAAGAUUCCAGAUCGUAAAAUUUGUAAAUUCACAAAACUAUGAAAAAUAGUAAAAUAGUCGAAUGUGAUGUCUGAGAAAAAUUAUUGAUAGAGUUAAUACGAUUAAAGUUGAACCUGGUUGGACGGUUUACGGGCAAUCGUAGGCUUGGAACCAGUCAAACUUGUAGAAAAUUUUUCCGUAGACCACGAAUGGAAAUGCCUCCCAAAUGAGGUCUUUGCCAGAAAACGUACUAGUCAGUAGUUUGCGGUGCUUGAUUAUAAUCAUUUCGCUCGCGCUGUCGGAUCGUCGACAAUUUCGGUUAGCGUGUGGGCUAAUAUAUCACGGAUAACGGGAACAAUGCCGGAACACUUGGAAUUGCAGCAGCUAGUUGGUGGAGUGCUUCAGGGAAGCGUUCGUCAUCAAUCGUUGUUCCCUUGGAGCCAGUGCUCAUGUCCCUAUUUGGGAAUCAUUCUUGCAACAAUUUCAUCUUUGUUCUUUUCGUUAUGUUCAGUGAUUGUAAAGGGACUGGUCGACAUCAACCCGAUUGAACUGGCCACAUUCAGAUUCAUCGGCGUCCUGCUUCCGUCAAUACCGAUUGCGAUUUACAAAGAAGAAAGUUUCUUUCCUAAAGGUAAGAGGAUAAUAUUGGUUCUUCGAUGUUUCGUCGGUACGACCGGACUAAUGCUGAGCUUCUACGCGUUUCGCCAUAUGCCGCUGGCAGACGCUUCGGUGAUUAUAUUUUCCACACCAGUAUUUGUUGCCAUUUUCGCGCGGCUAUUUUUAAGGGAAUCUUGUGGGAUGUUUAACGUGUUAACGAUAUUCCUAACAUUGAUCGGAGUGGUACUAAUUACCAGGCCUCCAUUCCUGUUCGGAUAUGGAGUGCAUAACGUCGCCGACGAACAGGUCGUAUCGAACUACGAUGUUUGGGGCCCGGUGGCAGCCCUUUCAUCGACGCUUUUCGGAGCAAAUGCUUAUGUUUUGCUACGGGCCCUUAAAGGGUUGCAUUUUUCUGUUAUUAUGACCAACUUUGGAGCAUUUGCACUGAUUUACACUUUGAUAGUUUGCUAUUAUUUGGGGGCUUUAUGUUGGCCGUUAUGUGGCUCCGAUAGACUGCUGGUUAUAGCGUUGGCACUGUUCAGUUUUGGUGGACAAAUUUUACUAACCCUUGCUCUACAGUACGAACAGGCCGGACCAGUUGCCGUAGCUCGAUCAGCCGAUAUCGUGUUUGCCUUUAUUUGGCAGAUUAUGUUCUUCGAAGAAACGCCUAGCGUUUACUCGAUACUGGGAGCACUACUUGUUGUCAGUUCGGUUGUUUUGUCUGCACUACGGAAGUGGGCACUAGCCCUUCCAAGAGACUCGGAGCUAAGGAAAAAACUGUUCUUUUUGGUUUUGGAUUAGAUAGUUAGUGGAAGAGUUUUAAGCUUCCACUAUUCGUUUCAAUAGAAAAAUAAAUGCACGGAUGAGAACAAUUUGCUUGCAUACACACAUCAAAGCACCAAACCCAAGAUCAUAAUCUUAUCUGUAAAUAUAGGCUAAUAGAUCGUGCUCCGGCCUAAUGACAUAUUCACGGCAAUGUGCUAUUAAAACAAAGAAAAUAAUGAUACGAGAUAUACUGCAAACAUACCUAUGCACACCACCGCAGAUGUUUUAAAACAAACGUAAUGAUUUUUAUCAGAAUCAUAACCAACUGUGAACACGUUGAAUAGUUAUGAGAAUUACAAAUCUCGCGUGAGUGAAAUAGCAGCCGGGCAGUCCUACUUGUACUCAAAUUAUCUUGAGUAAUAUCUAACAGUUUUUAUGACAACUAGGAACUAAUCAUGUAAAUUUGUGGUGUAUCUGUCAAAAAGAGAACAUCGGUUUUGAUUUUUUUCCUGGGAUUUUAGAUGUUUAUCGUUAUCAUUCACGUUAUCGUACGCGGGAUUGUAGAUGUUGGAAAUUAUUGUCUGCGUCCAAAACCACAGUUCUUGAAAGCCACUACAUAUUUCGGUUUAGUUAACUACUUAAUCGACCAAAAAUAUAUUUUUCUUUUUAUUUCCACUCCAGAUAAUUAGGUUCCAUUACAAAGUAAGCUAGGUGAACUCAGUUCUAUUUCGACCAAAUCUGUUUUUCAGAUAUAAUUCGUAAUUUAGAAAAUCUCUCUGAUAUCGCACCUCAAGCUGGGCUCUGAAAAUCCAAGUCAUCUAUUGAUAUUGUUAGGUCUUAGGAUUGUGAAAGAAAAUGCACAGACCCUCCUCUGUGUAGAAAAAAAACCAUUCUUAGAUAGAAUUUCACAUGAAUACUCAAUUUGUGCCACUCUUAACCUUUAAUUAGGCAUAUACAAAUCUAAUCUCUUGAUUGCAAGCAUAAAGAGCGUCAGAGCUGCGUAAGCUUACACGUUUAUACAUAGAUUUAAAGACUUUUAAUUGGGUACCAUGAUAAACUCAGAUAAACGCCUGAGGAAUUAAUAGAUGUUGUAUUAAAAGUAAAGUAAAAAACAACCUUAUACUAGGAUAACUUUUUUAUGUUAACUGUAAAGUUUGAACGCCAUUCAAGCCCACAAAGAAACAAGUAAACGAAAUGUUACCAAAAGGUUAAAUAACGGAAUAUUUUACGUAACAACAAAUGUGAUUAUUGCUGAUAAUUGAUCUCAUGAAUGUGUUUUUAAAUUACAAUCAACUUAAGUUAGCUAUCAUCAAUUUUGUUAACGUAGCUUGUUACGUCGCAGAUCAAAUCUAUAUAAAUAAUUUAUGAUAUUGAAACACGUUAUGUUGUGGGUAAAAAAAAGUGAUACCUAAAGCUAGUCACGCAUCGAUGCAAAGCAGUAUUUAAGAAAUUACAAACCAAAAAUAUUUAAGCUUUGUCGAGAUACGAUGUAAACUGUAACAUUAAUGAAAAAUCUAUAUGAUAUUAGAUACAUCUAUCAAAUACUUCAAA